AUGGCACCAAAUGACAAGGAACUCAUCCCCGGCACCGAGGUCAUCUUCAGAGAUGGCAAUCUUUCUACCGACAGCCGUAUUGGCGACCUCGUCCUGAUCCCACAGCCCAGCGAAAAUCUCAAUGACCCUCUCAAUUGGUCUCCAACAUGGAAAAUCAUCGUCAUCGUCAACCAGUUCGUCUUCGUCUUCGUCAGCAUCAUGACGCCGCUCUGCAUAGCGCCCAUGACCCUCAUACUCGAGGCCGAGUUCCAUAAGACCCUCCCCGAGGUCAACAUGCUCUUUGGCGCCGCUGCCAUUACCCUUGGCUACGCAAACUUCAUCAUUGUGCCGUGCGCCAAUGUCGUCGGUCGCAGACCCGUCAUCGCGAUAUGCGGCCUCAUCUGCGUCCUUGCCAAUGUUUGGCAAGCCUGCGCCACGAGCUAUCCCAGUCUCAUUGGGGCUCGCGUGAUAUCGGGAGUUGGUGCAGCCGCGAAUGAGAGCAUCAUGCCCAUGGUUGUGGCGGAUAUGCUGUUUGUGCAUCAGCGAGGCCGCAGUACGGCGUUGUACUUCUGGGCUUACUUUAUGGGACUCUUCAUCGGACCCAUCAUUUCUGGCGCCGUUGCAUCGCAGAUCUCGUGGCGAUGGUUUUUCUGGAUCUGCACAAUUCUUCAAGCUGUCAGCCUUAUCUUCAUCGUUGUCGCCCAUCCGGAGACGAAGUACCAGCGCUACACUCACUCAGCGACUGCUACGGCUGGCGCAACACUCCCGGGCUCUAUCAGCGCCAAGGCCCACGAGUCCGGCGAGAGAGUACCCUCGUCCCUCAUCUGGCGGGACAUCCUCUCGCCCUUGCGUAUCCUCUUCCUCUAUCCAAUCGUGACCUGGGCGUCACUGGCCAUGGGCUUCGCCGCAAACUCGCUCCUCGCACUCAACCUCACCCAGGCGCAGGUCUUUGGCGCCCCACACCCGUACGGCUUCACGCCCGACCAGAUCGGCUUCGUCAACUUCUCGUUCGUGGUGGGCGCCGCCAUCGCGCUCGUCACCGCGGGCCCGCUGUCGGACUAUAUCGCGCUGCGCUCGGCGCGGAGCAACGGCGGCGUCCUCGAGGCCGAGAUGCGCCUGCCCGCGCUGAUCCCUUACGUGGUGGUUAACCUGGUCGGCAUGGUCAUCACCGCGGUGGGCUACCAGCGCAGCUGGCCGUGGCCGGCGAUCGUGGUGGUCGGGUACGGCCUGGUGGGCGUGCAGGUCGUGGGCAUCCCCACGAUUGCGAUUGCGUACGCGGUGGAUUGCUACAAGGCGCUGCCGGGCGAGGUCAUGAUUGCUGCGACGGUGGUCAAGAACACUUUCGGGUUCGGCAUGAUCUUCUUCUAUAACGACUGGGCUGCGCGCAGCGGCUACAUUGCCCCAGUCCUCCUGCUCAUGGCGCUCACGGUGGGGUUCUCGGUCCUCGGGCUCGCCGUGUUCAUUCCUUUUGGGAAGCAAUUCCGCCGCUGGACAAAGGACUCAAAGCUGCAUGCCUUGUGA